GCAAUCUCCUAUUCCAGCUGCUUGGGGGUCCGAGCGCCCCAAGUUUGGCCAUGGAGCACUGCCCAUUGAGCCUGGGCCCAGUUCUCUCUCCAGCCAUCAAGAUGCUCACAGCCUCCUUGCUCCUGCUUGGCUUCCUUAGCACCACCAUGGCUCAGCCAGAGCUGAAGCCCCCAAUUCUCACUGGCAAAUAUCAUCAUGUUGACCGAGCCACUGGCCAGGUGUUAACCUGUGACAAGUGUCCAGCAGGGACCUAUGUUUCUAAGCACUGUACCAACACAAGCCUGCGAGUCUGCGAUAGCUGCCCUGUGGGAACCUUUACCAGGCACGAGAAUGGCAUAGAGAAAUGCCAUGACUGUACUCAACCAUGCCCAUGGCCAAUGGUUGAAAAAUUACCUUGUGCUGCCUUGACUGACCGAGAAUGCACUUGUCCACCUGGCAUGUUCCAGUCUAAUGGUACUUGUGUACCCCACACACUGUGUCCUGUAGGAUGGGGUAUGCGGAAGAAAGGGACAGAGUUUGAGGACGUGCGGUGUAAGCAGUGUGCUCGGGGGACCUUCUCUGAUGUGCCUUCUAGUGUAAUGAAAUGUAAAGUGUACACAGACUGUGUGAGUCAGAACCUGACAGUGAUCAAACCGGGAACCAAGGAGACAGACAACGUCUGUGGCACCCUCCCAUCUUUCUCCAGCACCACCCCACAACCCCCUGGCACAACCAUCUUUUCACACCCUGAGCACAUGGAAUCCCAUGAAGUUCCUUCCUCACCUUACGUUCCCAAAGGCAUGAACUCAACAGAAUCCAACUCUUCUGCCUCUGUUAGACCAAAGGUACCCAGUGACAUCCAGGAAGGGACAGUCCCUGACAAUGCAAGCUCAGCGAGUGGGGAGGAAAAUGUGAACAAGACCUUCCCAAAGCCCCAGAUACUCAACCACCAGCAAGGUCCUCACCACAGACACAUUCUGAAGCUGCUGCCGUCCAUGGAGGCCACUGCAGGGGAGAAAUCCAGCACUCCUAUCAAAGGUCCCAAGAGGAGCCCUCCAAGACAGAAUGUCCACAAGCAUUUUGACAUCAAUGAGCAUUUGCCCUGGAUGAUUGUGCUUUUCCUGCUGUUGGUGCUGGUGGUGAUAGUGAUAUGCAGUGUCCGGAAAAGCUCAAGGACUCUGAAAAAGGGGCCCAGGCAGGAUCCCAGCGCCAUUGUGGAAAAGGCAGGGUUGAAGAAAUCUGUGGCCCAAACCCAGAACCGAGAGAAGUGGGUGUACUACUGCAACGGCCAUGGUAUCGACAUCCUGAAGCUCGUAGCAGCCCAAGUGGGAAGCCAGUGGAAAGACAUCUAUCAGUUUCUGUGCAAUGCCAGUGAGAGGGAGGUGGCAGCUUUCUCGAAUGGGUACACAGCAGACCACGAACGGGCCUAUGCGGCUCUGCAGCACUGGACCAUCAGGGGACCCGAGGCCAGCCUCGCCCAGUUAAUCAGUGCCCUGCGCCAGCACAGGCGCAAUGAUGUCGUGGAGAAAAUUCGUGGAUUGAUGGAAGAUACAACCCAGCUGGAGACUGACAAACUGGCUCUCCCUAUGAGCCCUGGUCCACUCAGUCCGAGUCCCAUUCCCAGCCCCAACACCAAACUUGAGAAUUCCACUCUGCUGACUGUGGAGCCAUCUCCGCUAGAGAAGAGCAAGGGCUUCUUUGUGGAUGAAUCAGAGCCCCUUCUUCGCUGUGACUCCACCUCCAGUGGCUCCUCUGCACUGAGUAGAACUGGCUCCUUUAUUACCAAAGAAAAGAAGGACACAGUGUUGCGGCAAGUACGCCUGGAUCCCUGCGACUUGCAGCCUAUUUUUGAUGACAUGCUCCACAUUCUGAAUCCCGAGGAGCUGCGUGUGAUUGAAGAGAUUCCUCAGGCUGAGGACAAGCUGGAUCGACUGUUUGAGAUCAUUGGAGUCAAGAGCCAGGAAGCUAGCCAGACCCUCCUGGACUCUGUUUAUAGUCAUCUUCCUGACCUAUUGUAGACCACAAAGGAUAUCGCACUCCGGAAUACUCAAUUAUAGUGGCAGGGUGGCUUGUUUUGUCUUUUUAGUUUUGUUGUGUGUGUUGUUUUUUUUUUUUUUUUAUUUCCCUGUGUGUGAACACUCAUGUGAGUGAGCGUAUGCGUGUUUAACUGAAUAUAUGGCCAGUGUUUUGAGUUACUUUUUCUUUUUCUUU